UCUCAAACCAAUCAAGUAAUUCGUAUACAAACAAUAAAAAUGCGUAUCAUGCAUUCGAACACAAACCUCCCAAUUAUGCCAAUAAAGUAGUUAGUUACCUGGAGUGUAAUGCGUGACGCAUAUUAGGUUAAAAUAUCGAAUCCUGUAAGCUUACAGUCUCUUAGAGACAUCGACUUACCGCUAGCUUAGAAGUGAAAUGUGCACAGGUUAUCCGCGUUGACAAAGUAAUACCUGCUGCAACGCACAGGUGGCAGUAUUGUCGAUGGCGCGUCAAUAUGUCAAAAUCGCGCGAUACCGAACAAACGGGAAUGUCUUGUUUAUUUAGUUUCAGUCAAUUUUAGCCCGGAAAAAACAUUUACAUGUAAAAAACUAUGCCAAGUACAGGAGUGCUGUACUUUCGAGUUCCUGACUAUUAGGUGAUAUCACCAUAUUACAGAAGAAAUAAAAGUUCAUAUGUUGGUAGUGGCCCGAUUGAUGAAUUAUAUUAAUAAGUGUAUACGUUAACACUUAACAGACAGGAACCACGAUAGGGGACAGUUAGAAAUGCUGGAAGUUGUAAAAUUUUCCGGAGCGCAGACUUGAUGCGCAGAACCCGCCGGGCGGGGGGGUCACUUUUGGAAGCGCUCAGGCUCACAGCGCUCAUUCCCCCACGAGCCGGUCGCCUAUACCGGUCUUUUGGACGAAUCCCGUCUUAUCCGGAAACACACGUGGACUAUGGUGACAGGGAUUGUCCUUGCGCCUCAUCUGCUGAGCUUGCUCAGGUCGGGCCCAGGUUGUGGUCGCAAUAUGGUCUCUCCAGACCUCCCGACGGGGGCCUUGAGCUCUUUUAAGUCUAACUUUGAACGGCAACUGGAACUACAACUUUCACCUAAAUUCUACUCGCACGACACAUCAAAGCUUCCCAUUUUUUCUCAAGCAGGAAAAUCUGUCGAAAAAUUCUUUUUACCUCCAAUACUUCGUAUCAUCGUCCUCGCACGUUUAGAUGAUGACGCAUACGUUCGCUUGGAUUAUUAUCGAACGAUAUCUUCGAAGGAAAACAACAACGCUGGACUCUCCGUAACUACGGGACUUACGAACGUUGGGUUUUCCGGCAGGAAACCCGCAGGUGAAUGGGUGAAGAUUAUUAAUCACCAAGAAGCUGAAGUGACUCGUUUUUAUCCGUGACUCUAGAGACGAUUGCACAAUUCCUUUCAAGGUAGACGACGAUCCUUUGAAAUACGUGAGACUAACGAUAUCUUUUUUUAACGCGGCGGCAGACGCUGUACUAUAUGUUUAUAAAAUUAUAAGUAUCUUAUCGGUACAUAAAUGUAUACAUGGCUUUUACCAUAUUUCAUGUCCAAUUCCCUAGUUCGCAUAUAACACUCUAGAUUGUUAGCACCUGUGAUACGCGGCCCUGCUGUGAAAUAUGGGAGUAACGAUAAUAGCCUAUUUCGAUGUGAAUGACAGAUGCAACGUUAUACAUUCUAUUUAUAAAAUCAUAACUAUUAAACUGAAUUAUAGCUGUAUCUGACUUUUACGAUAUUUCAUGCCUAAUUUUCUAGUUCGCAUUUAACAGUCCAAAUGAUUAGUACAUACGAGAUACAGCGAUUUUAAAUAAUUGGCCUCCUACGUAAAUGGUAAUAUCAAUCGAUUAGAUAAACCAUCGACCGGUCUGUUGAUGCACUAAUAUUUUAUCUAUAAGAUUAGAUAUCUGACUGAAGUUUGUUCUAAAAUAAGUCACGUAAUAUUUUCGUAUACCAACCACACUAUGGAGGUCUGUUACCCUUUUACCGUAGGUUGAUGAGUGUAUUCGAAGUGUUUUCGUAUUAAGAGUCAAAGAAAAAAAAAUAGAUCUCAAAAUCUUUACUAAUUUACCCAUGCUCGUGUGCUCAAUGGAAAUACUGUGUAUUGUACCGGGCUACUUGAAUUAUCGUUAUGCAAAUGUUUAUUCUACACGUAUGACGGUUCAGAGAUUUUUAACUUUAUUUCUAUGGUCAUUAUCAGUGACAAUUGUAUUCUGUAAGAGUCACCUUUGCUUCGUUUCUUUUUACAAUUUCUUGCGUAUGUCUCGCGGGAAUGUGGGCGCAAACGUAUACAUAAAAGUUUCUAUCCUAGCGAGUCUCGAACGUUCCGUUAAAACCUUAAGCAGGUAUGCAAUGCGCGCCGAAUACCGAUCUAACGAGCGUGUCGCGUGUACGAUCGGAAUACAGCUCCAUACAGUUGAAUUCGGAGGAACUGAAGUUGCAAUGUGAUUAGCCAUUAGGUGAACCGCAAGACAGGAGACAUUUGAGACGAAUGAAAAAGUGCAAAAAAAUUGACAAGGUCGUGAGAGUUGAGAGAAAAAGAAGUGGGAUAAGUUAAGUUUUUUUUUAUGACUGAAAUUAUUGUAUUACGACGAAUGCUGGCAAGAAUUCAGACGUCCUAUCGGGAGAAAAAUUUGUAUGAUAAAGAUUCAUGUCAAAUGUAAAUCAAGAAAGCAGGCAAAGCUUGAACCGAAGUCUAGGACUUUUUGACGGAAGGAUGUAUUUUAAAAAAUGUUGCUUGAGAUUCGAAUAAAAUCUUUUUAGUCUUUAA